CUCCCCGCAGUACCCUAGACAGCCGGCCCAACCUCCCCAACUUGUUAGUCCAUGGCGCGCCUGAGAGCGGACUUUGCCCUAGAUGGAACCUCAGCGACCCUGCUGUAAUUUAACCUGGACCAGGAUUUUGCUUCAGCUCCUUAGGAUGAAAAUGUGGCUCUUGGGGUUGGUGUUCUGUUCGGUCCUUGGGACUGUGCAUUUGGAGGGGCCGAGGGGGAAGCGGACACCCGUGGAUCCAGAAGUAUACAUGAAUGUGACUGAACUGAUCUCGUACUGGGGCUUCCCUAGUGAGGAACACUUUGUGGAGACUGCAGAUGGAUAUAUUCUUUGCCUUCACCGGAUCCCUCAUGGCAGGCGGAAUCAUUCUGACAAAGGCCCCAAACCAGUUGUGUUUCUGCAGCAUGGCCUGCUGGCAGAUUCCAGUGUCUGGGCCACAAACCUGGUGGACAGCAGCCUGGCGUUCAUCCUGGCUGAUGCGGGCUUUGAUGUCUGGAUGGGGAACAGCAGGGGCAACACCUGGUCACGGGGACACAAGCGAUUCUCAGUUUUUCAGGAUGAAUUCUGGGCCUUCAGUUUUGAUGAGAUGGCACUCUACGACCUACCAGCUUCCAUUAAUCUGGUUCUGAAUAAAACUGGCCAAGAACAGUUGUAUUAUGUGGGUCACUCCCAAGGCACCACUAUCGGUUUUGUAGCAUUUUCCCAGAUCCCGGAGCUGGCCAAAAGGAUUAAAGUGUUUUUUGCUCUGGCUCCUGUGGCUACGGUCAAGUUUGCCACCAGUCCUAUAAUGAAAUUGGUACCCAUUCCCGACGAGGUCUAUGAGAAGAUCUUUGGAACCAAAGAGUUUCUCCCUGAGAAUGAGGUUUUGAAGUGGCUGGGUAGCCACAUCUGCACCCACGUCUUCCUGAAGGAGUUGUGUGGGAAUCUCAUCUUUCUUUUAUGCGGCUUCAACGAGAGAAAUUUAAAUAUGUCCAGAGUCGACGUGUACUCGGCACACUGUCCUGCCGGAACCUCUGUGCAGAACAUGCUACACUGGAUCCAGGCUGGUAGAUCCUUACAAUUCCAAGCCUUUGACUGGGGAAGCAGCGAUAAGAACCGUUUUCAUUACAACCAGAGUCACCCUCCCACCUACCAUGCGAAGGAAAUGCCUGUGCCAACCGCCCUCUGGAGUGGGGGCCACGACUGGCUUGCAGACCCCAGCGAUGUCAGCAUCUUACUGACCCAGAUCCCCAACGUGGUGUACCACAAGCAGCUGCCCGAGUGGAAUCACCUCGACUUCAUCUGGGGCUUGGAUGCCCCUUGGCGGGUGUACAAGGAAAUUGUUGAUCAAAUGAAGAAGUCUCAGUGAAAGGCCGACUUGAGAGGAAUCGUACCGUCGUCGGGUUGUUGAUGGGGUGUGUGAAAUAUGUUUACGUAGUUCCUAGCUCGGCAGCUAGGCACCCGACUUCUAGCUAAAAGGUCGACGUCUCUCUGUAGAAGAUGCAUCAGGCUGUGUCUGUUUGGAUUGACAGUGGAGCAGCUCUACCCUGCCCCGCAGCGAAUUAGAAUCCACUCGAGGGCAGGGAGCUUUUGUUGGUUUUACUAAUUCCCUAAAAGUCUUCGUUCUCCUAGGCUUCUCCAAUUUUUUAAUCUGAGGAAAUGAUUGUUUUGAAGAUGCCAAAUUCUCUCUAGUCAGGAUCUUUAAAGACCAUGUUAGUUAUCUGUCUUAAAUUUAUGUAAUAUAAUGAUGAUCAAUGACUACAUAGUAAUAAGUGUUGCUUAAAUCUUGGAAAAAAUCCUCAUUGGCCCAUUAUGCCAGUUAUACAGGUUCCCUAAUGUUACUUACCACACCUGAUUGCAAUCUCGCUGUAUUUAGCCAAGGCUAAUGGAGUGAAUUGCUCAGUCCAAGCAAAUUAGUUGGAGAUUUUAAAAUUAGUUCCUGGAGACUUCACAAACAAAUGGCCUGGCUCAAAACAAAACAAAUACAGUUAUGUUUUCAGUAGAAUGGAGACUGUUAACUGUCUUUAUUCCUGACCUCUGAACUCCGUGGCAGACCGUCUUUCCACUUGUUAGAGAAGAAAAGUCCUGGGACACAAGUAUACCACUCUCUCCCCUGAAAUGACUGUGCUGUCUUAACUAGCAGACCCAUCUCCACGCUGGCCCUUUAUGAAGCACAUGCUCCGAGCCUGCCCACGGGAGAUUGUCCUCAUCCAAUUCCGCACAGAAGACAGGAUUGUGAAUGCGUUCCCAUGAAAACUCAGGGAUUUGUUGAGUUUUUUGUAAUUUUCCAUACGUCGUCAUUUUCUAAUGCGCCUGAUUUGCAUCCUUCUAUCAAGUCCAUGUUCACAUGCUCUUCUCAAACCAUUGUUUCCUUUUGAUACUUGUCAGAUGAACAGAAUGACCACUCCUUCGUUUUGAUGCAAUAUGGUGACAUAUGAUUACCUUAGCCGCAAUCACAGUACCACAUAUUGGCUCAUGUAUGCAGACAGACUAACAUGGCUUUGAAACAUUGAAAGAAUCAUGUUUAACUUUUCAAUAAAAAUUCAGUAAGCCUGUA